UUGCGCGUUGCGCGCGCAUCGCAUCUGCCCGACGGCGACUAUGGCGGACGAGCUGUGAAGUAUGGUCGAAGUCCUUUUAAAAUCGGAAAGUAUCGACAGUUGCCAAUGGCAUAAACGAAGUUUUCUGUAAAAAUUGUACAUUGUAAAUAGUCCUGUGUACAUAUAGUAAUUAUAUUUGUGGUCGUUUUGUUUAGAAAUUGUGUGAAUAGUGUAUUAUUUUGAGUGUUUAUUGAAUUCAGUUCUCGACGCCGACAAAUCUAUAAUUUGUGUGUUAAUACAGUGGCACGUAACAUAAAACAACAAAAUAAGUGAUUUCUGAACAUCUAUUACUCGUCUUAAGAUAAUUUUGUUCACCCUCUUUGUUUCAAAACUUAACGAAUAAAGCCAUUGCAUUUGCCCGAUCCUUGCAAUAUUUUGGUCCUUUAGCGGCUGUCAUCGUGCCCCGAUAAAACUAGUAGCUGUCAUUACAAAGACAAAAAGAAUACAAAAGUCACUAAAUGGCUUCUAUUUUGAAUAACGCUAACCACAAGUAGUAUGUUUGAUGAUGUAAAUCGAAUAAUUAGAAUAUAGAUCGAUUAUUAUUAGUAGGUAAUAGCCGUAGCUCCCUAAAACAGAGAUUGUGAUUGUUGUUUACGGUUUGUGGUACUGAAGCGUGGUAAAACUGAAUGCUCGAGCCUCACGAUAGCCCAAUGAAGUGGCCAGGCACAGGCGGUGAAGAAGAGGCCGGAGAAGGUGGAUUGCAAACGGCGCGCGCGUCUCAAAACCGCGCUCAGGACGACGCUGCCGUGCACUAUAUGUUCCAGCGAGAAAAUCAAGAAACCGAACUGUCCUUAGCUUCUAAACAACGGUGGGCCGUUGGUGAUGAUAAUAUUGCUGAGAAUCAAGAUAAAUGGAAACACCCUGCACCAAUGGCAAUGAAUAAUAUGCAACCUCAAGGACAGAUGGUGCCCUUAAAAAAUGCACAGGUUACCCCACAACAAUAUAUUAAUCAAAAUAUUGCAUCAUCAGUGGGGCCGCUGGCUAUCAAUCCAUCAGUUAUUGGUAGUCACCCACAUUUGACAACCAGCAUGGUUCACACUCAGAUGGCACCACUUCAAAAUCAUGCCUUGGGAAAUAAUCUUAUUCAAAAUAGUGCAAUGAUGUUACCGCCAUUACAAGGCAUGCAAAAUGCUCCACAACUUGGACAACAAGGAAUAUAUGAUAUGCACCAACACCAUGCAAAUCCAAUUCAGGCAAUUAAUGGUAUAGGAAAAAAUGAACACAUGAUGUAUAUAAGCCAAGCUGGUAUGCUUGCCCCUGGAACUAAUCAAUUUCUUCAGCAAGGACAAAAUCAAUUAGGACUUGCACCAAUGCCAGCUGUCAGAAAUCAGAUUGCACCUGCUGCCAAAAAGCUAUGGGAUAAAGGCCCAGGUGCGGGAGGAGACAGCAAGGGUCCUCCUCAACUACCUCCUUUGCAGCUUAAUCCUGAACAAAUGUGGCGUGACUCCACCUGGUCUGCUCAGGUGGAACACAAUGUUGGUGUACCGAUGAUGGGUACACGACGCGGUGUAGCCUUUCCUGGUGGAGACGCGAGCAGCAUUCUGUCACCAAGGGACACAGCUGGCCUUGGAGUAAAGAUGGUUGAAUAUGUGCUGGGUGGAUCACCUACAGAAGCAGGUGGGGUUGCUUCCGGUGGCAACGAGAAAGUCGCUGGUGUAGUGUCGGGCCUGCGAGGCAUGGUCCUUGAAGAACGCAACGAGGAGAAAUCGGGAUCACCGUUUGACAAAGAUCUGCAUGAACUACAUGACCACGGGCAGUUGCCUAACGGCCUACAUAAUGGCCAGGAAGACGACAAGGCUUUUAAUCGCACUCCGGGCUCUCGGCAGCCGUCUCCGGCCGAAGAAGACGGAGGGGUGGGCAUGAACCAGAGCGUGGGGGUGCGAAACGGCGAGGCGGCCUUCCCGCUGCUGCCGCCGCACGCGAUGCCCGCGCACCAGCCGCAGCCACUGCACCAUUUGCCGCAUCUGCAGCACCCGCAGCAUCACCCAGGAAUGUUAGGUGUGGCUCCGCUUCAGGGCCUGCCCCAUCCACAACAUCCACAGAUACAUCCUGGCAUGACUCUGAAUGACUCCAUGAACCAACACAUUGAACUUGUUCUACAAAUGGAACAGCAUCCUCAAUUUGACAACAACAGCUUCGCAAAUACACAACAGUACGCUGGUGGCGUGGGCGUAGGCGUAGGGGGAGUAGGCGGUGGCGUGGGCGGAGCGGGGAGUGGCGUGGGCGGUGGCGCCCUCGUCAACGGCGCUUCGGUUCAGGCCGCUCCUGACUCCACGCAGCACCAUCAGCCCUUUGACGUACAGCAAUUGUUCCGGACACAACAGGCGGCGGCUGCGGGUGGUCAGGCGGCGGCGGCUCAACUUCAGCUCCUGCAGCAACAGCAACAACAACAGUUCCAAUUACAACAACAACUGGCCGCGCAGCAAGCGUUCACACAAGCACCGUAUGUUAUAAACGCGGGCCAAGAGGGCGCGCCGUACGUAAGCGCAUUAAUCGCAGGCGUGCCGCCGUACUACGGGGUAGCGGCACCGUGGGGGGUGUACCCCGGGUUGGUAGCACAGCAGCAAGCGCAGCAGCCCCGUCGGCCGCUAACACCGCAGGCGGGUGAACAACAGGUGAACGGGCAGGGCCAGUACGUGAUACCCUACUAUGACCCGAGUUCCUUGGUCAUGGGCGGCCGUAACGGCACGCCGCUUAGGCUGGUGUCGCCUGGUGGAGUGCUCGCGCCGCGCCAGUACCCGCCGGCGCCAGCACACGCGCCCGCUACUCCGGCACCACCGCAGCAGCAACAGCAGCAGCAGCCCCAACCCGGCGGCGCUGUGGGUGCGCGGCGGGACUCGCUGGAAUUUGGCGGUGGCCCGGCGGGUGCACUCCAGGAGUACGCCCGAAAGUGGGGACCCUCUCCUCUGUCGCCGCCGCUCGGGGCCGCCUUAGGUCCGGUAGGCCUUAGGACCGUGUCAGCUGCGCCCGGCGCUGAAAACGCCAAAUACAGAGCCGUCAGCAGUUUAGCACAAGGUUUAACGUCAAAUGGUGGCAUGUUUGGCUCAUCAUCUUCGCUAUUGAGUAAACUGAGUGGCGUCGGAACUAUCUCAGAGCUAGUGGGCGGCGGAGUAGGUGUGGGGGUAGGAGUGGGUGUAGGAUCGGUGGGGGCCCUGGUGGGUGAGAAGCCGGCAGCCGGAAGGUCUCGUCUGCUUGAAGACUUCCGCAACAACCGCAUUCCCAACUUACAGCUGCGGGAGUUGGCAAACCACAUCGUGGAGUUCUCGCAGGAUCAGCACGGAUCCAGAUUUAUCCAGCAAAAGUUAGAAAGGGCCACUGUACAAGAGAAACAAAUGGUAUUCAAUGAAAUUAUUGGAGCAGCAUACAGUUUAAUGACCGAUGUUUUCGGAAACUAUGUGAUACAGAAGUUCUUUGAGUUUGGAACGCCUGAGCAGAAAACGACACUAGCUCAAAAAGUGCGCGGUCACGUGUUGGCACUGGCACUGCAGAUGUACGGGUGCCGCGUCAUCCAAAAGGCGCUCGAGUCCAUCCCGCCCGAGCAGCAGCAGGAGGUAGUACGCGAAUUAGACGGACACGUACUCAAGUGUGUCAAGGAUCAGAAUGGAAAUCAUGUGGUGCAAAAGUGUAUAGAGUGCGUGGAACCCGUCGCGCUGCAGUUCAUAAUAAACGCAUUCGCGGGUCAGGUGUACGCUCUGUCCACGCACCCCUACGGCUGCCGAGUUAUUCAGCGCAUCCUGGAGCACUGCACGGCCGAACAGACGGCGCCAGUGCUGGCCGAGCUGCACGCGCACACGGACCAGCUCAUCCAAGACCAGUACGGCAACUACGUCGUGCAACACGUGCUCGAGCACGGCGCGACCGACGAUCGCGCGCGCCUCGUGGCCGCCGUCAGGGGCAAGGUGUUGCAGCUCUCGCAGCACAAGUUCGCUUCCAACGUGGUCGAAAAGUGCGUCUCGCACGCCACGCGCAACGAGCGCGCGCUGCUCAUCGACGAGUUGUGCGGCUUCAACGACAACGCGCUGCACAUGAUGAUGAAGGACCAGUACGCCAACUACGUGGUGCAGAAGAUGAUCGACGUGGCCGAGCCCACGCAGCGCAAAGUGCUCAUGCACAAGAUCCGGCCGCACAUCGGCUCGCUGCGCAAGUACACGUACGGCAAGCACAUCAUCGCCAAACUCGAGAAGUUCUUCCUGAAGGCGCCCGAGCUGGGGCCCAUCGGCCCGCCGCAGCCCAACCCCGGCUUGUAGUCGGCCGAACGAUGACACGACUUGUACAUUGGGAGCGAUGCGACGUCGGUCGGGCGAGGCGCGGCUCUCCGCCUUUAUAAAUUUGUGAAUAUUGCGAUUGUACAUUUGUAAGUAAUUAGGGCCGCGGCCCCGGCGCUGUACAUACUGCGGCAGACUGAUGUACAGAAUACAGAUUACUGUGUACCGUAGCGGCCCCGCGUCGCAUCUCCGCGCCGCGUUCUCGUAGACUCUUAAGUGUUCUAGUAUUAUUCCUUGUUCGUAUGAAUCUAUGUAUAAAUAUUUGAACGUCUCUCAUUCUCGUGUAAUUUAUGAAUCGAAGGAAAGCAGCCGUGCGUUUCCGUAAUUGUAGCUCGUCGUAGAUUUACUGUUAGCUGGGCUAGGGGACCUUGAAUCUGAAACGAGGAACGGAUGCCGCAGGCAGUUCUGGACAAUCGGCACUAUAGUCGUGAUUUAGUUUAUCGUUUGUUAAUGUUCGAGUCGAGCUCUCGUUUACGUUCGUUAAACCGGCUUCAAUCGUACAUAGCUUAUCGAAUAUUUAGCGCCGGUGUGUAUAAUUUGUCGAUUAUGAUUUGUGAAAAUGAUAUUUUUGUAUAUUUUUAUGUAAGUUAAAAGUUAAGUUAUUUAGUGCUUAUGUUUCCGUGUAGUGAAGCGUGCCGUAGGUUAUAGUGAUGAUUGUAAAGUCCUGUACUGAUAGUUGUAGUCCGAGGUCUGCCUUGCCGAUCGCGCGUCACGAGCGUAGCGUAGCCUCAUUCCCCCUUUGUAAUUAUUUUUAUAGGAAGCGUAGUUUCCUAUGACACCUCAGAUUUUCUACGUUUAGAUGUAAUUGAAAAUAAAAUUAUUGUAUAUGGCUGUACAAAAAUUAAAUAAAAUGAUUUGUAAAACCUGUAAUGUGAUGGAAAGGGGCGGCGCGGGCGCGGGCUCGGUGUUCGAUCGACACGCGCCGCGCCGCCCUCUAGGUUGUACUAGAUAACAUUUAUAUGAGGAUCCAUCUAUUUAGACAUUAAUUAAUAAAGCAUUUCUGUAAUAAUAUUACAAAUGA